UUAUCGCGUAAUCCGCGAAAUGGUGGUUAUGAGUAAACAUCUUUCCCUCAUCCGUAGCAGCAACAGCCCUUUCUGAUGUGAAGCAAAUGGAAAGCGAGUAAAAUAUAGCGCUUUAACCAGUGAAGUGUUUUCGGUCCGACAAAAAAAAAGACGGACGGCAGCGUAUAGGCCAAAAGUGUUAGAGUUACGCUCGUGAAUAAGCGUUUGUGAUCAGAGUUGAUAGCAGUAGGCGUUUGCAGUAAUAUGGAAUGAAUGAUGCCGUACCGCACGUCAUUGCAAGUGAAGAUGCUUCUUGCAUAUCCACAAGGGGAUAAAAAAUAGUGUUCUUUUGACAACGAAGUUAACGACAGCAAACAAAACAAAGCUACCCAAACCCGGUCGAAUAUGGCGCUUCAAUGGUCAAUUAUCUAAAUCCUUGUGGGAAAGGGAAAAAAAGUUACAACCUACGAAACACAGGAACUCUCCGUAUCCGAAGGUCGCCAAGCGUUUACUUGGAUGGUGAAUCAAUCGCAAACACCGAUAUAGGAAGAUUGAAAAUUCACAACACACUCACACACACACAGCGGCCGUUGCUGCUGCUGCCGAUCGCCAUCCCACAAGCAGUCGAACGUUGAAGGAUAACUCCUUCAAGCUUUUAAAAUGUCCGAUCCAGAUACGGUCUGGCUGGAGGAGCUACUGAAGGAUGUUCAGCUGGAGCAGUUUCUACCAAGGAUACGGGACGAACUGCAGGUGACCCGGUUAGCCCAUUUCGACUACGUACACGUCGAUGAUCUGGAGAAGAUUGGGCUUGGAAAGCCGGGCAUCCGUCGUCUGCUGGAAGCGGUGAAAAAGCGCAAAGCACAGCAGUGGCGCCGUAACAUACUGUCGAAGCUGAUCGGUGGUGGCAAACAGCAGCCACCAAAAAAGUCCGCUGCAGGCACGGGACAAAAUGAGGAACCUUCCGCACUGGCCCUUACCUGUCUGAUCCACGAAAAGGACGUGACGCUUUCGGUGAAGCUGGGCGAUGGUUCGUUCGGUGUGGUACGACGCGGCGAAUGGCAUGCGCCGGGCAACCAUCUGGUGCCGGUUGCCGUCAAGGUGCUGAAGGCGGACACACUAGCGCAGCCCGGUGUGAUUGAGGAUUUCUUCAAGGAGGUGCAAGCGAUGCAUGCCAUGAACCAUCCGAAUUUGAUCCGACUGCACGGAGUUGUACUGUCGCAGCCGAUGAUGAUGGUGACGGAGCUGGCGGUGAAUGGGUCGCUGCUGGAUCUGCUCCGCAAACAGUGCAAACACACACCGCUGCCCAUGAUCUGGAGCUGGUCGGUACAGAUUGCGACCGGGAUGGCGUACCUCGAAAGCAAGCGCUUCCUGCACCGUGAUCUUGCCUGCCGCAAUGUGUUGCUUGCCGCCGGAAAUAAGAUUAAGAUCGGUGACUUUGGUUUGAUGCGCGCACUGCCCCAGCAGGAAGAUUGCUACGUGAUGACCGAGCACAAGAAGGUACCGUUUCCUUGGUGCGCACCGGAAUCGCUCCGGUAUCGUCAGUUCAGUCACGCAUCGGACACGUGGAUGUUUGCGGUGACGCUGUGGGAGAUGUUUACCUUCGGGGAGGAUCCAUGGGUGGGCUUGAACGGAUCACAGAUCUUGCGCAAAAUCGACCGAGAAGGGGAACGGUUGCAUCAUCCAGAUGCCUGCCCGCCGGAUGUUUACCAGCUCAUGCUGCAAUGCUGGGACAAGACACCGUCCGAGCGGCCUACCUUUGCGGCAAUUAAGGAGUUUCUCACUGGCGUACCACCACCGAUCUACCGCGCUAUAACGAAUUAUAGCGCAGAAAAUCGUCUUGCUGUGCAACAAGGUGACACGAUCGUUAUUGUCGAUGAUCGACCGGAUUUACAGUUCAUUAAAGGACAAAAUCAAAGGAACUUCGAUAUUGGUACAAUUCCGAGGGGUGUUGUCGUUGAUGCACGCAAGUCCUCAUCCAGUUCUUCAGGUGGUUCUAGUUCAACGAUUAGCCGUCCACUGCAUGAUUCGUUUCGCCACACGGGGCAUGGUUCUCCAUUCGGUGCAUCCUGGGGCAAUCCCGCUAGUCUGGAGAUGGAAGGAGAAGUAAAGCUUCGAAAUAAAUCGAAGGAUCUCGUUAAUGUGGACCGGCGUGGAAAAUGUGUUUCCGAGCAAUAUGUAAAGGAACGGAAAAGUAACGCAUCGAAACAGUUUUCCUACAAUAAGCUGGUAAACGAGAACCAUUCAAAACAUCAACAUACGCAUCACACCACCCAGCAGCAGCUAGUGAAAGAUGCGAAAAACCGUCCACUGCGACCACCACAACCACAGACAACCACCGCCACGGAAGGCAUUCUUAUCGAUCUGUCCUCGCCGAAUGAUGAAGCGAGCUUUGGAGGUGGUGCCACUUCCGGCGCUGUUUCUGCGGCCGGUUCCUUUCGACAUGUAACCAGCAUUCUCGAUGAACCGAUUGACAUCCCGACAGAGGGUGAGGAUCAUUUCGGGCAACAGCAACAGCCACAGCAGCAUGAUCAGCAGUUUCAGCUGGCUACCGUAGCGAAUUAUGCUUCCGUAUCACCCGUUCCGUCCGUAGCAGCAAAGCUCGAACCGCCACCCUAUCAAAUGCCACCGAAGUACAGCAACACGUACGGUAUCGUGCACGAUAGCACGUUGAAUCUCAGCAUUGCAGCGGAACCGGACCCUUUCGCUCCACAGCAGCAACAGCAGCUGCAGCAGAAACCGGAAUCGGUCGUAACGUCCGACUACGAGAGUGGUCUGUCGAGCUCGAUCAGUGCACGCGAUUUGAUGGCAAGCAUUAAGCGACAGCAGACGAUUGAUCAAACCGUGCCGCCACCCACCAUGGCAGUUUAUGGGAACUUACGUGGAUCCGUAUCGAACAUUAACUCAAACUAUGGUCGCGUGGGAACAGAUUUCGAAGGGCUUACAGCCGAUAUGCUUUCGUCGUUGAACAACGGUGCGAGCGGAAGCGGACUUAGUUCCCCUGGCAGCAGGGACGUAUAUAACGAUUCGCUUGAGGUGAACGUUAGUAGCAGUAGCGGUAAUGUUGAUAAUGGAUUAAUCUCCCCGUAUGGUGGGUCAACUACACAAUUAAACAUGAUGCCCAAAAAACUCGGUAAAUCUUUUCUAGCACAAUUAGAGAAGGAUAUCUACAAACAGGAACCAGUGGCAGGAAACAGUAUGAACAGCUCGGUUGCGUACGCGGCUCGCAACAGUGCGAAAGAUAUGUCACUAUCAAAGUACGACACAACGGCUAAUCUGGCGAUGAGCCAAAUUUACGCCAACCAAGCAAACUCCAUUGCCCUGGCGGCAUCCCUCCAGCAGCAGCUCACGCUUUCGCCAAAGAAACAGAAUAUCGUGCACCAGCAACAAUCUUCCUCCGAUACAAACACACUGGUGCAACAGCUGUGGGCCGAACGGAACAAUGUGGCCUCGGUACCGCCGGUGGUAACCGAAACCGUACAACAGCAACCACAUAGUUCCCCACAAAAGACACACAAUUUCGUUGCUCUCUCGAACGGUGUCACACAACAGUACGGUUCGACGGCAAGUCUUUCCGGUCCGAAUAUCUACAGCUCCGUGUACAAUGGAAGCAUUGCAUCGGACGUAUAUCAGACGGUCGGUGGUGAUCUGUACGAUGUGGUGGCACCGACUCCCGCCUCCCUAUACGAACGUGUACCGACACAGCAGGUGUACAACAAUGUGGCGAACCAGGUUCCGAUGGUUCCCGCCAUCUACGACGAAGUAUCUAACGAACUGAGCGAUUUGCGACCCAUACGUCCGGCACCAUCGGCACCACUAUCUGCGCAACAGAUCCAGCGGCGGUUGGAUCGGUUGGCACAGCAAGAUCAACAGGUGGCCAACUUGAUGCAAGAGCUAGGUGAUGAAGCAAAUGAAGAGGAGGCGCGCAAUUCAUUAACAGCCGUCAACUGGGAUCACACGUUAGCGGUGCGGCACUUUAAAAUUGAGCGACUUUGUCGCCUUGGUCUAGCUAAUCGUACCCGCUGCGAGGAGGCGCUCCAGAAAACCGGUUGGAGCAUUCAGCUGGCUGCCUCAAUACUGUUAGAAACCUAACCAGGCGAAUGAAAUGAGUUCAAUUACAGCGCUUUUUAGCAAUUUUGCUUGAAGGCUGGGCUUUUGCAAGCAAAGCACUUUACUAUCUAAGUACUAAUUGCGUCCUUUCGUGGCAGGAUUUUACAACAAAACGGAAGUCAAUUUAAUUUUUAGCUCUCUCAAAUACUGCAUGAUAUACAGUGGAUUCUAGCGAAAUCUCAUCAACACAUGCGUAAAUGCGUCUCUGGCUAUGUAACAAGUAUUAAUAUUGAAUGUUUUCAAUCCACGACAGGCAUGUGGGCGGUCGUUAUUGUUUCGCCACUUGCAUUCUGUAAAUACUAUAUGUUAGAUGUAUUUAACGAGCAACAUUUAAGAUCUUGUUAGCAAAAUACUUGUUUUGGAAGUAUAUUUCAAUACGUUUACGAAGCAAACGAAUGAAAAACAAAGGUAACGAAAUUCUGCACUUUACAAAAACGUUUUAUUGAAGAUGGGAAAGAUGCAGGAAUCAAAAGCGAAGGUGCUCGUUUAGAGCAGCCAAGGUUAGGGUGCAAGUAAUAUUUGAUCGUUUAGCGUAGUGUAGUAUUCAUUUGUUUACUUCCAGCAGCUGGUACAGCUUUUCCUUGUGCUGUGCAGUUCUAGAAUUGAUAGGCAAUCGGUGUAAAUCUCUAUGUAAAUCUCAUCUGUACUGAGCUAUCUGUGCCUAAGUUUAACCUUUUCUUUGCAACAAAUCUAAAACAGGUAGCCUGUCCGUAACUGGGUAAUAAUGCAAAUAUAACUAUAUUUUGAACAAUCGUUA